AUGACAUCGAUCUCUUCGCCCUCUGUGUCCUCUCAAAGCCGUUUUCUUCAUCUUUGUCUUCUUCAGACGACCCCUCAACAACAACGUCGUCAGAGUCAUCGUCGUCGUCGUCGUCAAAGCCGUCGUCAAAGUCUUCCUUUCGCCGUGGUGAGUGACGACGCGACUUCGCCCGGAGAAGAAGAAGGAGGAGGAAGAGGAGGAGGUUUUAGAAAUUCCAAAGCGUUCGAGGCGUUGCGUGAGGCACAGAAGCUGCGAGAAGUAGUAAAAGAAGAAGAGGAAGAGGAGAAGAAAAAGACGAAGAAGAAACCGAAAAAUCCGUUCGAGGAAACGACGCGGCGAAAACCCAGUACUUCUUCUUCUUCUUCGUCUUCUUCAAAGACGUUUUCCUUCGUCAAAAAGUCGGUGGACGUGUCCAAGUUACCGAGUCUCCGAGACGCGGACGUUGUUUUGAGACGAUUCGACGACGAACAAAGGAAACGCGUAUCCUCGUCUUCGUCUUCUUCGACAACGACAACGACGACGUGCGCGGAACGCUCGCUUGGCAACGCCGUUCGCACACUUUCGUAUAACUCGGAGACGGUUAUGUUUGGUAUCUGCGCGCAAACCGGUCGAGAAGGCAUCGAUGCCUUGAAAAUUUGGACGGAGGAGUUGAACCUUCCCAAAGGAAAGUUGCACGGUUUAGACACGGAUGGGAUUCCGAAACCGAUUCCAAGCGAGGCGGUGUUUAUAAAGUACAACUCUUUGUCCGGCGACGCGUUUUGUAGCGAGUACCACGGCGAGUUUAGAGGUGUCCUUUUUACCCCAGUCUUGAACGACGGGGUGUUUAGACAGUUUGGUUAUUUAGAUCUUUCCUUGUUCGACGAUAACAACGACGCCGACGUUAGAUUUUAG